ACAGACUGCGCUAUGCGGAGACACCAGUCGGUCAGAUUUGGAAGAAUGAGUCCCAGCCUCUUGCUGCUGGGUUUGCACCUUCUGACUGGGGUGUCAGGGCAGCCCGUCUAUGAUGAGGACUGGGUCAACGUGUUCCAGCAGGGCUUCAACUUCCAGUGCCCCCACAGAGAGCUGCUGGUGGCAGUGAGGAGCUACUUCAGCGCAGCAGAAGGUUCUGACCGCCUGUGGACCUUUGAGUGCCAGCCGCCCCCCCAUGACUUGGGAGAGCCCACUGAGUGCUGGUGGGAUGACAUCAACCGUGCCGGCAUGGAAUGGUUCUCAGUGUGCUCCAAAAAUGGCAUGGUUGCUGGGGUUCAAAGUCAGUACUUCAGUUCAGUUAUGGACCGCGAGUGGCAGUUCUACUGCUGCAGAUAUGGCCACCGAUGUCCCUAUUCCUGCUGGAGGACUACUGACGUUCCCUGGUACUACGGGGAGGAGGGAGACAUGACGGUGCCAGUCUAUGGAUAUUUUAUCAGGGGGGCGCAAACCACCUUCAGUGGUGUUCUCAGAGAUCGGCAGUGGAAGUACAUCGUAUGCAGGAUGACAAAUUUUGAUUGUGAAUUUCAGAACUUCUAAUGCGGCUCAACAGUGGGAAGAAGCUUGAAUAUAUACGUAUGCUUGCCUGCCGGUAAACUACAAAAUAAUGCAAAUAUACAGAAUUUUAAAAUAGUUUACUGCUAAAUGUUUAUCAUGAAUAGAAAUUUACAUCAGCUGCAAAAUAUGCAUAAAAUAUGCAUACAUUUUUUGCAAAAAAAUGGAAUAUCAGGACAUUACAGUGAUCCAUAUAUAUUAUAUGAUGGUGUCUUAUCACAAAUAUUGACAUAUUAAUUAUGUUUAUUGCCGAAAAAUGCAUAUAUUCCAACAAUGUUACUUAUCCGUCUAAAAAAUUAGUACAUUAAUGCGUAAUACAGCUGUGAAUAUGACACUGACAUGUUUAAUGUCUUUAUAGAAUUCUAGUUGUUUUGAAAAAGUUGUAUAUUCUAUUAAAAAAGGCACUCUGACUCCAUAAA